AUGAUUAAACUAACUAUAAGUCUAUUUAUAAUUAUAAUUUUUUCACAAAAUUCAUUAAAUGCUGAAUUGCCGACACUUUACGAGUAUUAUACUAAUGGUAGUAUCACUAGUGGUUUGAUAAGUGGAUCCAACGGAUUCACAUUAAAUGGUAAAGACAUAACACUUUUGAGUGGAGAAAUGCAUUACUUUCGAGUCCAUCAAAACAAUUGGCGACCAAUUCUUGAGCGAAUGAAAUCGGCCGGACUUAACACUAUACAAUUUUACUCGCCUUGGAAUUUACACGAAGAAAUUCCUGGAAAUUUUGACUUUGAAACCGGAAUAUUAAAUAUCAGUGAUUUUUUGACAGCAAUACGUGAAGCAGAUAUGUUUGCUAUGUAUAGACCCGGACCGUACAUAUGUGCCGAAUGGGAGUUCGGAGGUCUACCCGCUUGGCUGCUCAGGGAUUCUAAUAUGAAUGUCAGAUCCAUGUAUAAGCCAUAUAUAAAAGCAGUUGAAAGAUAUUGGAAACAAUUGUUUGAUACAAUCAGAGGAUUUCAAUUCACUGUAAACGGCGGACCAAUUAUUGGCGUCCAAAUUGAGAAUGAAUUUGGAUCUCUCGGUAAUACUGCUAAAAGUGUUAAUGAUUUGAAUUACAUCAAGACUUUAGGAUCAAUUGCUAAGAAAUAUGGAAUUCAAGAAUUAUUGUUUACAUCAGAUGGUCCUCAAAGAAGUGGAUCUUCUAAUGAAUAUCUCCAAACAAUUAACUUUAAUAAGAAUUCGUUGAAUAACUUAAUGAAACACAAGAAAGCAAAUCCAAGUCAAGCCUUAUAUGUGGCCGAGUAUUGGAUCGGUUGGUUUGAUAGAUGGGGUGCUAAAUAUCAUAACACACAAAAUGUCACAUAUUUUGCUCAACAAUUUGAUGAAAUAGUAUUUCAAAUGAACUCAUCGUUUAAUGCAUACAUGUUUAUAGGCGGCACUAACUUCGGAUUUAUGGCCGGCAAUGUAGGCACUAUAGACAGUGGUGUAUUGGGACAGGCAUUUAUAACCAGUUAUGAUUAUGAUUCACCUCUUACUGAAUCAGGUAAUUAUACGAUUAAGUAUUGGAAAAUUAAACAAUUAAUUCAAAAAUUUAAUGAUGAAAGAAAAUUACCAAAAUUACGGACACAAUUACCGCCUCCUAUUAAUAAAGCAGCAAAUUAUGGGGUGAUUAAUAUAACUGAGAAAUUAAGUUUAAGUCAAGUUUUGAAAUAUAUAAAACCGUUUCAAUCAAAAACUGUUGUUUCAAUGGAAAACAUCAAUUUAGGCCCAAAUUUUGGUCAAAACUAUGGUUUUACUUUGUAUCGCACAGUUAUACCAAUUAGUAAAGUCAUAACUUUUUCUAAAGGCAAAGUCAACGAUAGAGCGGCAAUUAGUGUGAAUGACAUUCAAAUUGAUAUUUUGGUUGAAAAUAUGGGAAGAGUUGGUUUCACAGCAAUGAUUAAGAAUAUGACAYUACAGAGGAAGGGUCUCAAUGAAGAUAUAAUCAUUGAUAGCAAAGUGCAAAAUGAUUGGCACAUCUAUGCUCUAGAAUUAAAGAAACAGUUUAUAGAUAAUCUUAAAAAUGAAAAAUGGGAACCAAUUGGCAAAUAUUUAAGUCCAGCAUUUUAUAGAACAUACCUAACCAUUGAUGACUCACCACAAGACACAUAUAUCAAGUUUGACAAUAACUGGACCACUUGUGUUGUGUUUGUCAAUGGCUUCAAUUUGGGUCGUUAUUGGAAUGUCGGUCCACAACGGACUCUAUACAUACCGUCACCAAUAUUGAGGAAAGGAUCAAAUGAUAUCAUAUUAUUUGAAACUCAGAAAAAUGGAUAUCAAAUAGAGUUAAUAGAAACACCAAUUUUAGGUUAA